CCUACAAUGUCUACGAAACGAUGAGGGUAUCUGAUAAUGGUUCUCUAUAUCCUAAUACAAUUAUAAUCCUAUAAGUUCAGCUAAGUCUAUUACUCAAUAAAUUCAGCUAAGUCUAUUAUAAUUAUAAGUUACUCAAGUUGUUGAAUUGCUUGAAUAUUCCUAGUCUUUCUGCAAUAACAGACUGAACACAAAUUAAGUCUUGAAAACUCUGUGAACUCGGGAGGCCACAUGCCAACACAAAACCCUCUCUGCUGAGCUCAAUCUAUACACGUGUCUCUUUUUACACUCUUUCGAUCCAGAUGAAGUGAUAACUGAGACAUGCACAUGCACAAAGCCUAUGUGCCAACCAUUUCAGUAGCCAAGUACCUAUCUGAGUGUUCAGAUCUCUGUUCUCAUCCCAUCUACCCAAUUUAAUCAAUGGCGGUUUCGUAUUUUACUACCUCCACCUGCAAUAUAAAUAAAGCCAAGCAAAAGCCUGGAAAAAACAUUGGAGUUCUCAAAGAUUUCCAUCCAUAGAGACAUUUCCUUCUGAGUGUGGUUUUGUGAGUAUUAUGUUUGUGAAGAAAAAAAUGAAUAGUUUCCCGCGCCUGCAGCUGCUUGUGCUCGUUCUCAUUUUUUCUUGUGUGGCUGCUCAAGUAGUGCCUCAGGAUCAUGAGACCAAAGGAAAUGGGGAAGACAAGACGGUAGACGAUUGCAUUCCUUACGAGGGCUUCGGUCGACGUGGUAGGUGUGCUAGUUACGCUGCUAACCCUAAAAUUGAAGAAGCCACACUAGAAACACAGGACAUUGACCAUCACCGCCCUGGGCACGGUGGGCAUGGAGGUGAAAAUGGUGUUCAAACUAUCAGUGGUGGAGGACAAGAAGGGGGUCAAGUUGGUGGUGGUACUGGAUAUGGAGGAGGCCAAGGGGGUGAAAAAGGCGGAGGUGGAGGUGGAUACGGUGGCGGUGGACAAGGCGGUGGACAAGGAGGAGGUCAAGGAGGUAGCCACAGCGGUGGACAAGGUGGUGGUAAAGGACGCGGCCAACAAGGAGGUGGUCAAGGAGGCAGCCAUGGAGGUGGACAAGGUGGUGGUAAAGGAGGAGGUGGUGGUGGUGGACAAGGCGGUGGAAAAGGCGGUGGCGGUGGAGGAGGGGGUAGUGGACAUGGAGGCGGAAAAGGUGGCGGUGGACAAGGAGGAGGUGGCGGUGGCCAAGGUGGUGGAAAAGGAGGCGGUGGUGGCCAAGGUGGUGGUAGAGGAGGAGGUGGCCAAGGUGGUGGCGGACAAGGAGGAGGAGGUGGUGGAUAUGGUGGUGGGGGUAAGGGCGGUGGCAGUCAAGGACAAGGAGGAGGUAAAGGAGGAGGUGGCAGUGGUCAUGGAGGUGGAAAAGGUGGAGGUGGAAGCGGUGGUGGUCAAGGACAAGGAGGUGAUAAAGGAGGAGGUGGUAGCGGCCAUGGAGGUGGAAAAGGUGGAGGCGGAGGUGGAAGUGGUGGCCAAGGAGGUGGUCAAGGCGGUGGAUAUGUUGGUGGCAGUGGAGGCGGUAAGGGACAAGGAGGUGGUAAAGGAGGAGCUGGCAGCAGCCAUGGAGGUGGAAAAGGUGGAGGCGGAGGUGGUAAAGGCGGUGGUGGAAAUGGUGGACAAGGAGGUGGUAAAGGUGGAGGUGGUGGUGGCUAUGGUGGAGGUGGUAAAGGUGGUGGUAGUGGCGGGCAUCAAGGUGGACAAGGAGGAGGUAAAGGGGGCGGUGGUGGCGGAUAUGGUGGUGGCAGUGGUGGAGGUGGUCAAGGCGGUGGAUAUGUUGGUGGCAGUGGAGGCGGUAAGGGACAAGGAGGUGGUAAAGGAGGAGCUGGCAGCAGCCAUGGAGGUGGAAAAGGUGGAGGCGGAGGUGGUAAAGGCGGUGGUGGAAAUGGUGGACAAGGAGGUGGUAAAGGUGGAGGUGGUGGUGGCUAUGGUGGAGGUGGUAAAGGUGGUGGUAGUGGCGGGCAUCAAGGUGGACAAGGAGGAGGUAAAGGGGGCGGUGGUGGCGGAUAUGGUGGUGGCAGUGGUGGAGGUGGUGGCUACGGUAGUGGCAGCAAUGGUAGCCAUGGCGGUGGUUAUUAAUUCUAGCCAUAGAAAGGAAACUGAAGUGAUCCACCAAAUCAGGGUGUAUGCAUGUUGAGUGUUGAGGAAAACAUGAGUAUGCUGCGUUUGUGGGUUCUUGUGUGUAUGUAUGUUCCAUAGUCGAUAUAUAUAUAUAUAUAUAGAGAGAGAGAGAGGGAGAGGGGGGGGGAGAGAGAGAAAGAGAGGGGAAUCCUUUCACAAAAGGGAUCUCCAUCUUUCUAAAAAAAUAAGAACACCCUCUUGAUUGUUGGAUUUGAUUUGAUUUUAAUGAAAUUGUGUAGUUGAAAUUGAUGAUUUAAUCUCAAUCACACAAUUUCAUUAAAACUAAUCCAACGGUUAAGAGAAUAUCUUCAUUUUUUUUUUAAAAUAAAGAUCUCUCUUGUUAAAGGGCCUGUGUGUGUAUACAUAUAAUAUGAACAUAUGUAUUAACAUGUUUGCACCGA